AUGAGAGACGAUUUAAAUCCCCUUAAAAAGAAAUUUCCACCGGGUUGGUGGUGUGAAGUGUACCAAAAAACUGUUCCUCGUCUCCUGGUGGAAGAUAAGGCAGGUAACAUUGUUUCAGCCACAACAAAGGAAAAAGUCGUUAACAAUGAGCCACCGAUAAGGCAAUGGAUUGUAGUCCUUGAUAAGGAGGCAUUAUUUUUUUCUCCCCCUCACCCUCUCCUUGUCUCCUUACAGGAAUGUGUGGCAAAAACGACAAAUUCGAUAGUAAUGAGUAGCGCUGUCACAGGUGGUGGGGACUCCUGCCACAAUAAAAAGAUAUUCCACUGGAGGGAAGAGAAAAGACAAAAAAAAACAUUUAAAAAUGCAAGUAAUAAAUCCACCAGCGUGGAUGGAAAGAAGGGCAAAGUUAGCCGCCUACAGCGCAGAGCUUCAAAGAGUUCAAAAGUUGGCAUUUGGAAAGACUUUCUUCCUUUUCUUUUGUCUCGAUUUUUCGCCUCAACAAAGGAAAGGAGAGUUGCAGAAGCAAUGGAAAAGUAG